CAGUACGGACAUUUGUGAACGGUUAACCGGGCAUAUCUUGACGGGUACAAUGAAUCACCAUGGAUGAGCAUCUAGCAUUCAACGGAAAAGCUGGGAAGCUCGACGAACGAGUAUUUUCAAAGCUGAAAUUACUAUGCCGGCCUGUCAAAGCAACAAAUGACAACGCACAACAGGGAAAUGAAACAACGCUUGUUUCACGAGAUGAUGUCCCUUUGUACGACACACGUCUUGUUAUACGUACGGUUGAAAAAGCUUGGGCGGGUGAUCUCUCUGAGGAAGAAAUUGAGAAUAACCUUGAACAGAUAGUUCUACAUUACGCAAUUGUUCCCCAAGUGGCCUACUACAGAAAUGAACAGACUGUUAACUUCGUCGCACCAUACUUCGGAAGAGGGACCUUGGAUACAGUUAUACAGAAAGAAAGAGAAACGGAAAAAACCGCAAACGUUACAAUGGAAGAAUAUGUUACGAAUACUUUACCAAAUAUGCCGGGCCAUUGAAUAUCUUCAUCAGCCACCAAAAUGUGAAAGAAAACCUGUUUCCCACGGCAACAUUUGCAUGCAAAACGUUCUAUUGGAUGAGCAGAAUAAUGCCCGAUUGUUAUUUUUAUCACCCAAAUCGGUCGAAGGAGGUGUUGAGGAGGAACAGUUUCAAAAGGACAAAAACAAAGAUGUUCAAGCCUUCAAAGAAAUGGCACAGGAAGCCCUUCAACAAAAUAGGAAGAAAGCCGCAUCAGAUGUUCUUGCACAUAUACAAAGGGCUGAUACGAUGACAGACAUAAAAAAAGAAUUGCAGUCGGGUCUUAGAGGAGAGGAUAUCAACUGGUGGACACCAUCGCAAGACGAUGGAAAAAAGGAGGAAAAGUGUGAGAUUUGCUGCGUAAACAAGCCUGAGAAGACUUUCGCCAAGCUAACACAUGAUCGAUUCUGUGUUUCCAAAAUACAUAUAUGCGUUGGUUGUUUGUGGAACUGGCGAUACAAUCCAGUCAAGUGCCACUCGUGUGAUGAAGACAAAAUACGGUCCCCAGUCGGUGAUCGCUGGGGUGCCAUUUUCAUAGCGGGCACAGAUAAGAAGGAGGACAUAACAAAACGUUUUGAAGACGAUAUAGAAAAGCUGAAAGAUAGAGUCAUUACAAAAGCAAUUUUGAUGGGUGUAAAGGACAAUGUAGUCACAGUGAAGAAAUCUACUACAACGUACGGUGAACAAUUGGAGAAAGCGUUCAGCAAGAUUGAUACUCCAGAGAUCACCACCAUCGUAUUAGUUUAUUCGGGUCAUCAUGGGGAUAAAGGAUUUCAAUUAGACGCCCAUACGCUGAAAGACAGUGAGCUUGAACAGAAAUUCAAUUGUCUUAAACAUGUGACAAAAGUAAUUGUAUUUCUAGAUUGCUGUCAUCCAAAGAUGCUUAAUCUGGGCAAAAAAGCGGUAUUACAGUUUAAUGCCGUAACAAGCAAACAAAAAGCUAUCUGUGGCCCAACAGGUAGCCAGUUUGUAAAUGACAUUGUCAAAGUAUUGACAAAUCCAUGGGAAUGUAAGUGUUGCAAAAAUACACCUUUAAUAAGAGAUUAUGACAUGCACAAGUAUUUCAACACCCACCCUUACAAUUCGUCGAUAGAACCGUCACAACUUUCAAACACAGAUGGAGAUCAUGACCACAUUCUUACCUUUAGACUGGUUGACCCUGGAUGGCUGAAAGCGUUGGAGGAAUCAUUAGACAUCAGCCCAUUGCAAAAUUUGAGAAAAGAGCUAUUUAAACUAUACAACAACAUUGCAAGCACAUUGUCUGUUCGGCUUGACAUCGAUGAGGCACUUGAGAAAAUAUAUGUAAGUCCUAAACUUACUCUAAAAGAAAAUGGCAAAGGCGAAGGGGGCGAUAUAGCUGAAUUGAAUGACAUUUUUCAAAUCAAAGAGGGCACAAUGGCUAAAACAGUAUUUGUUGAAGGUGAGCCCGGGUCGGGAAAGUCUUCCCUAUGUAAGAAGAUCGUUCAUGAUUGGUGUGAAACCAAACAAGAAGGACAGACAAUCUAUUCUCGGACAAGCACUAAAGGGAACGAAAUAUCAAGUCAAUUUGAAUUUGUGUUUUACAUAAUUCUCCGCGAGGCAAAGAAAGAAUGCUACGUAAAGAAAAUGAUAUUAAAAAACAUCAUAGAGAGGAUCGGCAUAGACAAAAGAAGCGGAGAAGAAUUGCUUGGAGAAAUCUUGAAAUCCAACACCUGUCUGCUUGUCCUUGAUGGUCUAGACGAAUGGCAGCACCCUGAAGGAUGCCAUUUUGAUGAAAGAAUUCCCCAUGUUGAAACAAGAAAACUGCACCAUUUGUAUUACUACAAGGCCAUACAAACUCGCUGAGAUGAAAGUAAGCCGCUUU